ACGUCAACAAUAAACUGAAAAGAUGGAAGACGAGUUGGAAGAUAGGAUAUUUUAUCAGACUUAUCUAUCACACAUGAAGCUCGUAUCUAAAUUUGCCGUAGGGCUACCUCUAAAUUCAAAUCAAUUUGUUUAUAUUUGGAGAAUAUUAAGAGUGUAUGUUUUAAAACCUGAAGUCAUUAUUUUUAGUGCGUUUCUCUUGGCUAUUUUAGUUUAUCUUCAAGCCGUAGAUGUUUGGAGUCGUAGUUUACUGGGAAGAUUACAUUUUUCUCUUGGAAGAUCAGCCAGUUCUAAAGUACAAAAACUCCAAUUUUUCGUCAAUACUUCUGGUGGAGAUGUAGACAAACUUAGUUGGGAACUAAAGGAAAAAACAGUCGCUGCUUAUGCGGUACAAGGUCGCCGACCUCGAAUGGAAGAUAGAUUUGUAGUGAAUGAAAAUAUCAACAAUACAGGUGUUUCUUUGUUCGCUAUUUUUGAUGGGCAUGGAGGUGAGUUUGCUGCAAACUAUGCAAGAGAUAACCUGAUCAACAAUCUGAAUAACAAAGUUAUUGAAUUGAAAAAGUUAAUAGCAGAUGGUAAAUCUGAGAGAUCAGUUAUUGGCAAACCUCCACCAUCCCCGAACUCGAUCAGAAAAAAGGCUCCCGGUACCGAAGGUGGUGAGAGUGUCAGCAGGAAGUCCAGUUUCCGCAAGACAACCUCACAAGCCGAUGAAUGUGUGAAGAAGUCUGCUGGAGGGGGUGGAGUGAUCACAGAUCCAGUGCUGCUGGAGAAGUUGGAGGCACUGAAUCGCCCGAUCACUCGGGAAGUGAGGCCAAUGAGACCGAGUUUGUCAGCAGCAAUACCACCCCCUAAAGUAGAGUCCUACUUGGACGCAGGUUGUGCAAUCAACUAUGGAAGAUUACUGACAGAUGAAGUCCUUGCCGCUGACAGACUCUUGGUAGAGGCAGCCAAAAAAACCAUGGAUGUUGCAGGUACAACAGCAUUGAUUGCACUGCUUGAAGGAUCUCGUCUAAUCGUAGCUAAUGUGGGAGAUUCAAGAGGAGUCAUGUGUGACUCCAAAGGAAAUGCUAUCCCUCUCUCUUUUGAUCAUAAACCACAACAGAUGCGUGAAAGGAAGAGGAUCAAGGAAGCAGGGGGAUUUAUUACUUUCAAUGGAGUAUGGCGUGUAGCUGGGAUUCUAGCUACUUCACGAGCAUUGGGUGACUACCCAUUAAAAGACAAACGACUUGUUAUCGCCGACCCAGACAUCUUGACCUUCAACCUGGCCGAUCACAAACCUCAGUUUUUGGUCCUGGCUUCUGACGGUCUCUGGGACACAUUUACGAACGAAGAGGCAGUUUCAUUCAUCAAAGAACGACUGGGAGAACCCCAUUUUGGAGCUAAAAGCAUCACACUUCAGUCAUACUACAGGGGGUCUCUUGACAAUAUCACUGUCAUCGUCAUCAAUCUGAGCGAUCAUGUAUGGAGCAAACACCACCGCCUCCAAGAA